UAAGUGCAUCUAAUAUCCCGGGGUUUGACUCUGAGGUUUAAGAAUAGAGCUUUCCGGAGGCAUCAGGUGCAGCAGCAAGCCAAAGUAGCAGAGAAUCAGUCCGUGCAGGCUGGUGAGUUCCCUGCGACUCAAAAGGUACACCUAUCCCAAGGAGCUUCAGAGAGGUCCCAAGGUCCCAGAGCACGAACUCCAUGCUGGGUACAAGAGAACUCUGGAGAGUGGACGAUUCUGAUCAGAGGCGGCUUGGUGGCCUCAGGGUACGUGGACAGCGCUGGAUGGGAGGAUUUUCUAAUGCAGCCGCCACAGCCAGGCGUGGGGGUUGAGCGGUUCCAACUGGAACAUCAGCCCAGGGCUACACAUUCUCCCGGGCUACCCAUUGAGCGCAGGACUUCCAAGGUUACCAUGGCAUCUGGUGCCAACAUGAAAGCUCCCAUCUGUCUAGUGGAAAAUGAGAAUGAAGAGCUGAGGGUGAACCCUAAAGCCGUAAACAUCCUUGAGAGGAUCACUCAGCCUGUGGUGGUGGUAGCCAUCGUAGGAGUGUACCGUACAGGAAAGUCCUACCUGAUGAACCGCUUGGUGGGGCAGAACCAUGGCUUCAAUCUGGGCACCACAAUUAGGUCUGAAACUAAGGGCAUCUGGAUGUGGUGUGUGCCUCACCCCAGCAAACCCAAAUUCACACUCGUGCUUCUGGACACGGAGGGCUUAGGUGAUGUGGAAAAGGGUGACCCUAAGAAUGACUCGUGGAUCUUCGCUCUGGCUGUACUUCUGAGCAGCACCUUUGUCUACAAUAGCAUGGGCACCAUCAAUCAUCAGGCUCUGGAGCAGCUGCACUAUGUCACAGAACUGACAGAGCUGAUCAGGGCAAAAUCCACUUCCCAAUCUGAAGAAGUGGAUGACUCUGAUAAGUUUGUAAGUUUCUUUCCAGACUUUAUCUGGAUUGUUCGAGACUUUGCUCUGGAGCUGAAGUUAGACGGACGUGUCAUCACAGCAGAUGAGUACCUAGAAAAUGCCCUGAAGCUGAUUCCAGGCAGAAGUCUCAAAGCCCAAAAGGCUAACUUGCCUAGGGAAUGCAUCAGGCACUUCUUUCCUAGACGGAAAUGCUUUGUCUUUGAUCGACCUAUGAAAGAAAAAGAACUCCUAGUCCAUGUUGAGGAAGUGCCAGAGGACCAGUUGGAUCACAAUUUCCAAGUGCAAUCUAAAGAAUUCUGUUCUUACAUCUUUUCCAAUGCAAAGGCUAAGACCUUGAAAGAGGGAAUUAUUGUCAAUGGAAACCGACUGGCGACUCUGGUGACGACCUACGUGGAUGCUAUCAAUAGUGGAGCAGUGCCGUGUUUGGAGAAUGCAGUGACGACCCUGGCCCAGCGUGAGAACUCCAUAGCUGUGCAGAAGGCAGCUGAGCACUACAGUGAGCAGAUGGCCCAGCGAGUGAGGCUCCCCACAGCCACGCUCCAGGAGCUGCUGGAUGAGCAUGCAGCCUGUGAGAAGGAAGCCAUUGCUGUCUUCAUGGAGCACUCCUUCAAAGAUGAGAAUCAGCAGUUCCAGAAGAACUUGGUGGUCAUCAUAGAGGAAAAAAAGGAAGAUUUCUUGCGACAGAAUGAAGAAGCCUCUCUCAAUCACUGCCAGGCUGAGUUGAACAAGCUCUCAGAGUCCCUGAGGGAGAGCAUCUCACGUGGAGCUUUCUCUGUUCCUGGAGGCCACAGGCUGUACGUAGAGGCUAGGAAGAAGGUUGAGCAGGACUAUGAGCGAGUGCCCAGGAAGGGAGUGAAGGCAAAUCAUGUCCUUCAGAGCUUCCUACAGUCACAGAUUCCUAUAGAGGAGUCCAUCUUGCAGUCAGACAAAGCCCUCUCUGAUGUCCAGAAGGCCAUGGAAGCUGAGCGGGCUCAAAAGGAGGCGGCUGAGAAGGAGCAGGAGCUACUAAGACAGAGAGAGAAGGAGCUGCAGCAGGUGAUGGAGGCUCAAGAGAGAAGCUACAAGGAAAACAUGGCUCAGCUGCGUGAGAAGAUGGAGACAGAAAGGGAGAACAUUCUGAGAGAGCAAGAGCAGAUGCUGGAACACAAGCUGAAGAUCCAAGAAGACAUGCUUAAUGAAGGAUUUAAAAGGAAAUGUGAAGCAAUGGAUUCAGAGAUAAGCCAACUACAAAAAGAGAUUCAACUAAAUAAGGAUAAGAAUAGCUCAGUGGCUGCACGACACUUUGAUGGGUUUGGAAAUGUGUUAAUUUCAGUAUUGCCUGGUGCUGGUAAGCUCUUUGGUCUAGGGAUGAAAAUUUUAAGCAGACAAAUGAAAUAGGCAAAUAAUUCUUGUUAGAAAGCUGUAGGUAUGGCUUUCCCCACCCCCUGAGACUUAUUUUUGAAGUCUGUCUCACAUUAAUUUCAUUUAUUAAGUUUCAAAAACCAAAAAUAUAGGUCACUUGCCAUAAAUUGAUGGCGAGCUCCCAUUGCUGAAGCCAACAUGUAUACGACUCAUUGAACAAUGGAGAACUCAAGCUGGUGCCCAUAGAUCCUUCACCCUACAUGCUAACGUCUUUGGCACAGAAUGACACUCUGCAUGCUACCAAAGGAAAAACACAAAUGCCAUCCUAGCCACAAACCUUUUAAUCGACAAUGGCAUUCUGCUUGCAAAAUAUUCAAAUGCAGUGGUAACACAAAGCUUGCAGAGAUGACCAACCAAUAUCUGAUUUAAGGCCAACUUCACAGGAUGAAACCCAUGCCUGAUACUGCCUGGAUGAUCAAGAACCUAGAUCAGAUAGCUGAGGAAACCUUGAGUAAAACCAAAUACUAUUGUUGUAUUUUUAAAAAGUAGCAAUAAAAUGACUCUUACUGACAUUCUGCAGUACUCAUAGAUCAGUGCCUCGCUCAGCCAUGAUUAGAGAAGCUUCCUCUUGCAACAGAUGGGGACAAAUGCAGAGACCCACAAACAGACAUUAUACAAAGGGUAAGAGACUUGGGAACACUCAACCCUAAGUGGGGUGUUUUCAUCAAAUCCCUCCCCUCAGGGAGGCAGGAACACUGGGAAAGAGGAGACAGAAAAAGUGUAAAAGCCAGAGGGGAUGGAGACCACCAAGAAAACACCCACCCCUCAGAGCUGGAGAGAUGGCUCAGAGGUCAAGAGCACUGUCUACUCUUCUCAAAGACCUGGUUUACUUCCCAGAAGUCACAUGGCAGUUUACAAGUGUCUAUAACACUGGUGCCAGGGAAUGUGACACCCUUGUAUGGGCAUA